AUGUACCUAACACGCCAGGCCCAAGUCGAAUCGAAGGAAAAGGCUCUGGAAGCCUACCGGAAGGAACGAUUUCGUGGAAGCGCCCGAGUCCGUCUAGACUGCCUUGGGUUUGAGAAGGGGUUCAGCCGCCUGAUGGAUGACGGCCGCAAUACCGUCCGGCUCGAGCGGAUUCUCGAGUUGCAAGGCUGUCUUCGCAUCAACCGGGAUUACCAUGUGCCGGUGCUGGUCGAUGCGGCCGACUGGGGCCGUAGCAUCAAGAUGCAUGAUAGCGAAGACGAGUUGCUCCCGGAAUUGGCUGUGCCUCUGAAUAUGUUACUCCGCGCCCAGGGACACGAAAGCAUUGUCGCAGCGGCACGAAAGAUGCUAUCCGGACCGAGUCGGUGGUGGGUGGUUGAUGUAUACGUGGAGGAUCCAGGUCAGCCAACGAUCGAACCUUGGCUCCACACCCACCUCGUGCGCUCCCUACGGGAGCAUUUUCCGAACGAGCGUCAGCCCCCUGAUGGGUUAAUCUAUCAGCGGCUUCGGUUAUACGAAGGGCAUCUCGGCCCGCCCCGCGAUGAACACGCGGCCGCGGCGUGGUGGGCUAUUUUGCAGCACGACCCGAGGAGUAGGAAGCAUCGAUAUGUCGCCGCAUUCUUUAAACAUCCAACCCUUCCUCGGGCCUUUGAUGCCCUUCUUCCCAUCCCGGGCCUGUGGGCUUGCAUGCAUCUUGGGGUGCUCCACACCAUGGUUUCUCUGCACUGCGAUGAGCCCAUCCUAUUCUAUCUGGAGCGGAUCCGCAGCAUGUGGGUUGACCAAAUCCUGGGCGGCGAUGCCGCGCUGGCCGGCGCUGCGGACGCCCACACCGUUCGCGUGAUGGAAUCGCGCGUUCCCCAGAUCUCGCAGCAGGAUAAGGCGUUCCUGGAAAAACAAAUGAUGACCGACCGGACGUUGUUUCAAUCGAUCUCUCUCCACGAGACACGAGAGGCCAUCUGGGCUCGGCUACAGUCGAUCGACACCCCGAUUCCCAGCCUACGCACGUUCUUCCAGGAUCUUCGUUAUUUGGGCGGGGCGCGCAAGGCGAUGCAGGAGCUUCUCUGCCUGCGGGAGCCGGGAUCGACGGGCAAAGUCACGAUCGAUGAGGCACUAGGCGGGCAGCGUUCGGCCGGCACAAGCCAGUCUUUGGAGGCCCUCUCCCAGCAAACUCGGCAGGGCCUGCAGGAGCUUUGGCGGUUCUGCUUCCAAUAUGGCUUGGAAAUAGCGGGAACCGCACGCCGCCUGCGUCAGCCACGGAAGCCGGAGCGGUUGCCCGACUCGCUGCAUGCCGGAAAUGAACCAACAUGGGUCAGCCGAACGACGCUGGUGCGCCACUUUUUCUGGCUUGCCGAACAAGAAGGAUUCACCGUCCCCAGCCGGCCCGAUCUAGCGCCGCAGGCCGUGUCCCUGCCGACACCACAGUCACGCGAUGCGGUGCCGAACCUGAACCCGGGCUGCGAUGAACCCGUUGCCCGACGGCGCGGAGUCCCGUAUGUUGACACGGUUGAUGCCGACCGGUUCGCCCUGGAAAAAGACCGGUUGUGGGAGCGCUGGGAUAGCCCGCACAUCACGGCAGAGUUUGUACGGCGAUCGCAGUUCCAGGCCUUUUUCGGUUACCUCCAUGGCAAUGUUGCACAUAGCCAGGCCGCUGAGAGCCCCUGGGGCGAUGCGCCGGCAUCCGAUGGAGCCGGGACGCCCGACCAUACAAUGCCCGAUCAAGGCACCUCCGGGGAUCCUUCAGUGUCUCCCAGCAUCGCGGAUAUGCUACCGGACAUACGCAGCCCUUCUAGCUGGCCCAACGCCUUUCAGGUGAGCGGGCUGUUUGGACUGGAAUCCUUCCAGAUGCCAGGGUGGGAUUUGAGGGUGGACGUGGAGAUUCCGGGACGGCAGACGAAGACGUUUUUAUUACAAGAGCCAGCAGGAUCGAACGACUCCUUUUUACAGGGGGGCAUCAGCCCAAUCGAAUCGUUCCUCAACGGACUGGGACCGGAAUUUGUGUUUUAUGUUCCAGAAAAUCGGACCAUUCUUCGCGAGCAGGUCCACACCUGGCACCAACAACGUCCGGACCAAACUCUAACGGCCCGACUGGACCAGCAAAUACUGCAAGAAGCCACAGCGACAAAGGGAAACUCGUUCAAAAGACAUAUCAGGGAGCUGUCUGCGUCCGAGCUGGAAAGUAAACUGGCAGAGGUCGCCGCGUGGGUUGAUAGGCAAGCAGAUGGGCACUGGAUUGUAUCUACUACGGCUAUGCCAACGAUCAAUAUAGCGGAGGGAUAG